UAGAAAUUAACUCAUUAAUAAAUCAUCUAUUUUCUUAGCUAUUAGAUGAAGGAUUCGUAAAGUUUUAUAAAAUCAAUAAUAAAGAAAAUAAAAAGGAAUUACAAAAAAAAAUGCUUGUAGAUGGAAAAAAAGGACGGAGUUACUACAAUCCCUGGAUUGAAUCAGAUACAAUUUGAAGGAUUUUGUAGGUUUAUUGAUCAAGGUUUAAUCGAAGAACUUUCUAAGUUUCAAAAAAUUGAAGAUCUCGAUCAAGAAAUUCAGUUUCAUUUAUUUGUGGAAACAUCUCAAUUGGUAGAACCAUUGAUCAAGGAAAGAGAUGCUGUGUAUGACUCACUCACAUAUUCUUCUGAAUUCUAUGUAUUGGCAGGAUUAAUUUGGAAAGCAAGUAAGGAUCAAUCUACACGUAUGCAAGAACAAAUCAUUUUUCUUGGCAGCAUUCCUCUAAUGAAUUCCCUGGGAAGUUUUAUAGUAAAUGGAAUCUAUAGAAUUGUGAUCAAUCAAAUACUACAAAGCCCUGGCAUUUAUUACCGGUCAGAAUUGGACCAUAACGGGAUUUCGGUUUAUACCGGCACAAUAAUAUCAGAUUGGGGAGGAAGAUCAGAAUUAGAAAUUGAUAGAAAAGCAAGAAUAUGGGCUCGUGUGAGUAGGAAAAAAAAAAUAUCGAUUUUAGUGCUAUCAUCAGCUAUGGGAUUAGAUCUAAGAGAAAUUAUAGAAAAUGCCUGUUAUCCUGAAAUUUUUUUAUCUUUUCUUAGUGAUAAGGAUAAAAAAAAAAUUGGUUCAAAAGAAAACGCGAUUCUGGAGUUUUAUAAAAAAUUCGCUUGCGUAGGCGGUGAUCUAUUAGUGUAUGAAUACUUAUGUAAGGAAUUACAAAAAAAAU